AUGGUGGGGGUAACUAAUUUUACUCCGCUGACAGUGAAUCUACUCCAAUUUUCGAUCAGAGAUGAGUUGGGAGACACAAACAUUUGCCUGAAUUUUCCUGACCGGAAAAUCCUUACUGCAACCUCACUUUUCUUUAAGAUACACAAAGUCAAGAGUCGAAUUCUUUGGGAAUGAGUUCCACAUCUCGGGGGAAUGCCUCUGGCCAGGGAAAGGUUAAGAAAAAACUGAGCAAGGCACAAAUCCAACUGGCUCUAAUCAAGAAGAAACGGUGUGAUGCCAGAGCUUUGACAAUAGUCGAAAGACUUAUAGAACCCGAUGUCGAAAUAUCAUGGUUACUUGAAAAUCUUCGGCAUAUUAAUAAGAAUCACAUGGAGGAUGUUAUCGAAGAGAGAGCCAUAUUAAAGCAAUGUGGUUAUGUCCUAUGCAACAAGCCUAUCACAGUAGUAAUUAAUCAGCUUUACCAUAUUUCAACAAAGAGUAACAAGGUCUACGAUGUAAGUCGCAGAAAAAAUUUCUGCAGUUCUCGUUGUUACGGAGCGGGUAAUCAUCUAUUGGGACAAUUGCUCGAGAGUCCUCUGUGGCUGAGGGACAAGGAAGAAAUUCCAGAAUUUCACCUUUUACAGACGGAUAAUGACGUACAAAUAAACUUGCCAGGUGAUGAAAUUAAUAUAAAAGGAAUAGAUCUUUCUGCCGAUGAAAAAACAUGUGGAACUGAAACUUUGAGGAUGAGUUCAAAGCGUAAUAAGAAUUACAAAUUAAAAGACUCAGACAGUUUUAAAGAUGAAUCUAAUUUCGUUAACUUGGCAAUAUGCGUAGAAGAAUCAUUGAAAGAGUGGGUAACUGCCGAAACUGUGGAAUUAUUAUUUGGAGAGGAAGAAGUUAGGAAACGGAUAUUAGAAGGUGUAGCCCGAGCAGAAAGGUACUCGUUGUUGUGUAAAAAAUUGAAUAGACUACAGCUCGAAGAAGAAAAGCAGGAUCGAGCAGUCCUGUCGAAGGAGAAAACUAAACCACUGCCACAUUACUCUGUUCUUCAAGAAGAAGGCAAGAAGAUGGAACUAAAGGUUCGAGCAUUCUUUGAGGGCCGUACAACAAUAGAAUUACAUAAUGAGAGUAACACUGAGACUGAUAAAGACGACGAGUCAAGUGCUAUUCUGCCUCUGACUGAAGCCCAUGCACCUAAAGCGCUUAGAAGACGCAUUUUCUUAGAUAAAUUAAAUAAAGUGCUGUCAGAUUUGUUGCGCACUUUAGCUGGUAGAAAUCAUAUGGGAGAUUACGUCUACGAUGGAGACAGAUGUGCUUUAGUUAAAGUACUUGUUCAUACAUUUUCCUUAUCUCCAACCAACAUCAUAUUUAGAACAGCUGAAUGGACUCUGGUCGGUCUUGUAAUCAUCAAAAUGUUAAGCUUAAUAGACCCACAUAUGAAAAUGCUACUGGAUAUGAAACAGGCAUCAAUGUAUAUAUCAAUGAUCCUAAUGUCUUACAGAUUAGACUCAAAUUAUCUCGACGCAUUGCUUCUCUCACUUUCAACUUCUUACCGCUGAAAAGAUAUAAACCGCAGGCCAAUAUCUCAGCCUGGAGGUCAUUUGAAUAAGCAAACUGAACGAAAUCUUAAAGUGGCCCAGACGCAGAAGCAGAUACACCAGUAAGGGGAGAUGUAGGACAGUCCAUCACCAAAG